UGCAUGUUGGGUAAUUGGUGGCGAAUGAUGGUGCCGCUGUAGUGACUCUGUGUCUGCUGCAUUUUGGUAUUUGUGGGUUAAUAAACUCGGUAUCUUGAGUGGCUGGCGUGAGGGACUACGCUGAAAAAUUUUCUUGCUUCAACAUAAUGGGUGAAGAACGAGAUCUCGACAAAGACAAGGACCGGAGACGAAGGCGCAGUCGAUCUCGAUCCAGGAGCCGUGAACGCAGGCGCCGUUCCAGGUCUCGGGAGACCAGGAGGAGAAGCCGAAGUCGUAGCCGAGACAGAGGCACCGCCGGAGGAGCAAAAAAGUCUCGCAGAAGGAAGCCCUCUAUUUACUGGGAUGUGCCGCCUCCUGGCUUUGAGCACAUCACUCCCCUUCAGUACAAGGCCAUGCAAGCGUCUGGUCAGAUUCCGGCCACUAUGCUGGCAGCUACGGGCGCCAUAGCCACAGUGGGCGGGACUACCACGACCAUAGGCGGAGGAGGCCUUGGAGGAGGAGGAGGAGGAAUAGGAGGAGGAGGGGGCGCAGGCCCUGUUGCACAGGCAAUCAUCCAACCACCAGCUGCUGUGCCUAUUGUGGGCGGCACCAUCACUCGUCAAGCACGGCGUCUCUACGUGGGAAAUAUACCUUUUGGCUGCUCUGAGGAGGAAAUGAUGGACUACUUCAACGCCCAGAUGCAUGCCUGUGGCUUCUCCCAAGCACCAGGCAAUCCAGUGCUAGCUUGCCAGAUCAACCUGGACAAGAACUUUGCAUUUUUAGAGUUUCGAUCAAUUGAUGAGACAACCCAGGCUAUGGCAUUCGAUGGCAUCAACUUCAAGGGCCAGAGCUUGAAGAUCAGGCGGCCCCAUGAUUACCAGCCGAUGCCAGGCAUGUCUGAGACCCCCUCGGUGGCCGUCCCAGGUGUUAUUUCAACGGUAGUGCAAGACUCACCUCAUAAAAUAUUCAUUGGGGGAUUGCCGAACUAUCUAAACGAAGACCAGGUCAGGGAGCUUUUGAUGUCAUUUGGACAGCUGCGUGCAUUCAAUCUUGUGAAAGACAGCGCUACUGGACUCUCCAAAGGCUAUGCAUUUUGCGAGUAUGUGGAGGUUGCUACUACAGACCAGGCAAUUAUGGGACUCAAUGGAAUGCAGCUUGGUGAUAAGAAACUGAUAGUGCAAAGGGCAAGUGUCGGCGCAAAGAACAGUCAAAUGAAUCAAGCCCCAGUACAGAUUCAGGUACCAGGUUUGCAACUACAGGGCGGCGCAGGCCCUCCAACAGAAGUGCUAUGCCUCAUGAACCUUGUGUGCCCUGAAGAGCUGAAAGAUGAAGAGGAGUAUGAGGACAUCCUUGAAGACAUUCAUGAGGAGUGUAACAAGUACGGCGUCGUCAAAAGCAUUGAGAUACCCCGGCCAAUUGAUGGUGUAGAAGUACCUGGUUGUGGAAAGGCUUAUGUGGAGUUCAAUUCUGUCAUCGACUGCCAGAAGGCACAGCAGAGCUUGACGGGACGCAAAUUCAGCAACCGUGUGGUUGUAACAUCCUACUUCGACCCGGACAAGUACCACCGUCGAGAAUUCUGAGCAAGCAACCUGGUAACUGCAGCUUGGUCUCUACCCCCUGCCAUCUUCAUCUGUCGCUGCAUAUUCUGUUUCUGCUGCACUCUUGUGGGCAUGUAUUCUAAAGUGCAACCCUGUAGCUCAUGCCCAUAAGGAGUCAUUGCUUUGAAGAUGGCACUGCUGGCUGUCCUGUGCCAUGCAGGUUUUAGCCAAGCUUCUGUGUUUUCCCAAACUGGAUGUACUAUUCCUUUUCUUACGGCACAUUUGUUUCUAAUCCUGGAUCUUUUCUUUGGUGAUCAUUGUGCGUUUUGUCCUACAGUUGUGAACAGUGUGGACACCUCAGCCCCAGAACCUUAGCUUGGUUUGGACAGAUGGGGUAAUUCAUUUCGUUUUCAUCAUCAUUGUCCUCAUUGGAGGUAAUACGUGAUCUAAAGCUGCCAGGCAUACAGCUGUCGGCAAGCUUGCAUGAAUGUUGGAUCAGCCUGUGUGUGUUCUAAAGAAAAGGGAGCUCUUCACAUGUGCUUCUAACCAAUUGGAUAAAACUACAAUUGUUUUCAUCACUACACACUCUGUGCUACAGCACGCUCCUUCCCAUUUUUUUGAAGUGAUUCGCCAAACGCUUUCAUACUUGUGUAGCCGUGUCCUCUACCAUCAUGAAAUAAAGAGAAGCUGCUGUAAA